CCUCUUACCUUCCCUGUCGUUGUUUUCAUAACCUCUCUCCUUCAUGAGUGGUGCAUCGGCGACAGCAACCCAUCCUCAGAUGCCGGCGGCUGACGGGAUUUCAUAUCUCAAAUAGAUCUCAGUAAAAGAAAAUUGAGUUAUCCACAGACCUUUAGGUCAUUUUUUUUAGAUAGAAAUGGAUUCCGUCAGUGCUGCUUCGAAACGUGUCUACGAGCCCUUGCCUCCAGAUGUUCAGGCUACAGUUGUUCCUCUGUUCCACAAUAAUGAGCCAUUUGUAAAGACAUUCCUUAGUACUCUGCUCCCUGAAUCGGAUCAUCAUGGUAUAGAUGAUACACUUCGCAAGAGUUUUCCUCUUGCUUGUCUUGGAAGGCGUCAGCGCAAGAGUAAGUUACGGCGUGCCAAAGGAUCCUUAUCACUCACAGAGAGAAGACGCUUGGGUCUUUAUCAACUACGGCGGCAUGGCUCAAAAUAUAUUGAUUCCCUUCCCAUUCAUGAAUUGUGGCUUCAAUAUAUUUCAAGCCUAAUUUCUCUUCCUGAAAUAGAAAAGAGCGGUUUUACUGCCAAACCAUCUGAUAAGCAGUGGGGGCAAGUCACCCUUGCAUUGUAUAGAGCUGACUAUCAUGGAGCUGAAUUGGAGGUGACUCGUUCUAAAUGCAGCUCACUUCGUGGAAUUAGAGGAAUAGUUCUUAUGGAUACAAAGAACAUGUUCAAGGUUAUAUGUAGGGAUAAUGUUAUUCGUUCUGUUCCAAAAUCACCAUGUGUAUUUAGUCUCAACUUCAAAGGAUAUACUUGUACCAUUUUUGGAAAGUAUUUCUGUACAAGACCCGCUGAAAGAAGUGUUAAAAAAGUGAAGGGACAUUGCCCUUCUGACCUGUGAAAAAUCAGUAAGUCACCUACAAUUAAAUGUAUCUGCUGUACCUGAAUGCUUUGGAAAAGGUUAUUAAAAAAACAAACUGUUAUACUCUU